AUGUCGUCAUCAGUCGGUGGCGCUGCUUUACUGAAGAGAAGGUCAGCGAAACCAUUGACUGGAAAUCUGCGGCUCCGACGGCUCACGAAAGCGUAUCUGGAACCUCUCGAUGAUAACAAAGAGCUGUCACCAACAGUGGUGAAGAUAGAUCAAAUAUACGAUUUGACCCAAAAGCUGAUUGUGCAAUGCCAAAGUGUUACCAGUGGAUUAUUUCCGAGAUAUUCGAAAGAUCGCGAUGUUGGAUAUGUGAAAGACAGCAUCUACUGCGCAAUAGCUUGUUGGGCUUGUUCGGUAGCUUAUAAACGACUGGAUGAUGAUCGUGGACGCCAAACAGAAUUGAGGCAAACGGCGGUGAAAACUAUGAGAGGAAUUUUGUUUUGUUGGAUGCAGCAAAGUAGUCAUUUGGAUUCGUUCAAGUCUCAAAAUUCUUCUGAAUUCGCCCUCCACGCUCGAUUCGAUCUCUCUUCCGGAAUGUGUCUCGUUACACCAAACGAUUCACAUUAUGGACACCUUCAGAUGGAUCUUGUAGCUCUAUACUUACUCACUCUUGUACAAAUGAUUUCGGCUGGGGUUAAAGUGAUUUACACUCACCAUGAAGUAAACUUCAUUCAAAAUUUGGUUUUCUACAUCGAGCGUACCUACCGUACACCGGAUUUUGGAAUGUGGGAGCGAGGAACAAGAUACAAUAACGGAAAACCAGAACUUCAUGCCAGCAGCUUGGGAACUGUAAAAGCUGCCCUUGAAGCCAUCAAUGGAUUCAAUUUGUAUGGAAGCACUGGAACAUCAGCAUCCGUGAUUUACGUUGAUAUUGAUGGUCACAACCGGAAUCGAACAACGUUCGAAACAAUUCUACCUCGUGAAAGCAACUCUAAGAAUACGGAUGCUGCAUUACUGCUCACCGUCGGAUGGCCAGCGUUUGCCACACACGAUGAGACCUUGUUCGAGAAAACAAUGAAAAAAUGUGUCAGAAGGCUCGAAGGAAGGUUCGGAUUGAGAAGGUUUCAUCGAGAUGGAUACAGGACCGAGUUGGAGGACAACAGCAAGAGCUUCUAUGAUGAACACGAGACUGCGCAGUUCCAGAGUGUCGAAUCACAGUUUCCUAUAUUUUUAGCUUGUAUCUCUCUCACUGCAUACAUUCGCGCCAACCAAGAAUACGGUGACAUCUACUUCAAAAAGCUUCAAAAAUGUCUUGUGGCUGAUGACUCGGUUCCUGGUGGAUAUAUCGUUCCCGAAUGCUACUGUGUUGAUGAAUUCCUCAUGGAUAAAGAGCGAUCUCAGCCGAACUCUACCGAACUUUAUGCGCUGAGCCAUCAAGAGUUCGGACAUCAUUUGUGGAGCAACGCCAUCUAUAUCAUUCUGAUGCUGAAACGAGAAGGCCUAAUUCAUUCUGGAGAUAUAGAUCCGAUCAAUCGACACCUUCCUGCAAGUCAGCGUCCCAAGAUGUUCAAUCGACAUUCUGCAUUCCAGGGAAGUAUGGAAGGAGAUCCAGUGGUCCAGGUGGCUCUCAUUUCCGAGUCGUCGCGCCUUCAGAUGAUGUUGUCGACAUAUGGAAUCACGACGCAAACUCCUCAUGAAGUCGAACCAGUUCAGAUAUGGCCGAGUUGGAGAAUGGUCAAGGUGUUUGAAUGUCUUGGACGAGACAAAAAAAUGAAUUUGUCCGGACGGCCACAACGGCCAUUUGGUCCAUUGUCCACUUCGAAAGUGUUUCGUGUAUUCGGCGACACCGUACUCUGUUAUCCACUUCUUUUUGAAGUCAAGGAUUUUUAUGUCAGCUCGGAUCCAGCAGUGCUCAUCGAUGAUAUUAAAAGAGACAUUGAAUUCGUUGCACGAAGAUGGAAGUUGGCAGGACGACCGACGAUGUGCGUGGUCUUGAGAGAGGAGAACGUCGCGGGAGAGUAUUUCGACCACAUCCUGGAUCUUCUUGUUCAAUUGAAGAAUGGACACAUCAAUGGAAUCCGCGUCAGAUUGGGAAGAGUUCAUCAACUUCUGAACUCCUGCUGCAUUGAGCACAUCGACUUCGCCAAUUCGGAUGACUUGGAAUUCGACAUCGAUAUAAUGGAAGAGACUCAUGACAAUUCUGCGAUCUUCUCAAGACUCAGUUUGAAAGAGGGAAUCGACGAUGAAAUGACUCAUGAAAAAGAUGUCACUCCAAGAACUGACCAUGAAUUGUAUCAAAUCAUUGAGAAAGAUGAUAUGGAGAGACCACGUCUUUUGGCUUUCGCUAUCUGGAUCCUCUGGUCAAGAACUCAUUCGGACUUGCUGGUGCACAAUUACACUCUCAAAGAGCGCUUGGAAAAAGUUUAUCGCCGUGCUUGCCAGUUGCGCCUUUGGUGGUUGGUUCGAUACUGUGCUGGACGUCUUCAUAAAGCAAUGAACUCCCUGGCUCCAGCUAUCACUAAUAUGCUUGUUCGAGGAAAACAAAUCACACUCGGUGUCCGUAAUCGGCCAGGAGCUCGUGAGGAAAUCAUUGUUCGCCCGAUUGCUCCAAGUGAUUUGAAUCGACUACUUUUUGAAUGCUGCCCAGCUGAUGAACCACAAGCAGCUGUAUUCCAUCAAGAGCUCAUCAUCGCAUGUUCGGACCUGAUGUCCCACAAUCCCCAAGUUUUCGAAGGUGUGUUAACCAUUCGUCUCUCUUGGUUGUCAGAUGCGAUCAGUAUGCUCUUGAAUUACGUUAGAGCUACAGGGGCUCUCAAGAUUCCAGGAAUUGUAACAGGAACACCUCCAACUCCAGGAACUACGGGAAUACCUACAGCGCUGAACCGAAUGCCAGUGAACUUCUAUGAUCGUGUGUGGACAAUUUUAGAACGAUCGAAACAUGGAAUCAUCAUUGCCGAUCAAUUCCUCCCACAGCAGCCCACAUUGAGUGAUAUGACGAGAUUCGAACUGACAUUCUCCUACAAAAUUGAAGCAAUGCUCAGUCGUAUUUCCCACCCUGAAUAUAGACAGUUGCUCGUAGAGGUUGAAAUUAUUGAUUCUCGGUUUCAGUUGCUGUCGAUCAUCGCUACCAUUCUUGAGAGGAAUCCGGAAAUCGCCUUCACACAUUCUCGCAUUGACUGUGACAGUCUGAUCAAAAAAGGAUUCGCCAUGUUCGCUGCAGAAGAAGGCAUCAAGGAUCUGAACGAUUUGACUCCAUUCUAUCAGCUGGAAGGACAAGCUCUCUCCACAUCGACCGCCACUUUCUUGACCAAGGUAAAUGUUGCUGUCGUCGAAUUCAUCCUAGCCGGCCGUCAUUUCUCCCAAGUCAUCAACAUCUUCGGCGAAGGAACACCAGAAGAAAAAACACUUCCAAAUCAAGCUCAUCGUGGAAAAAUGCCAAAGAUUUUGUACACUGGACGAGCGAGUAGCGAGAAGAAAAAACGUCAUCUAGGAGGAAAUCAUACUCCUCACCAGUCGCAAUUACAUCUCCCAACGCCAACUACUCUUAACCCUGGAGCUAUCACACCAGGAGCCGUGACUCCUGGUCCAUUGACAUCCCAUUCAGGAGGACAAGGACAGGACGAGAGUUGUCGACUUCAAUAA